GCCGCCUGCAUCCCAGCCUCCGCGCUUCCGGGAGGGAAGCUGGUGGUUGAGCAUCGUGAAAUCGGCCGGAAUAGACUGCCGGCUGACUGGCGGCUACCCACCCUGCGGUUUCGGGUGGGACCCGUCAGAAUGUCCCACGUGGAGAGCCUGGUGCUCUGUCGAGAGGCUCAGGUGUCCACCUUGCAGUCCCUGUUUGGAGAGAGACAUCAUUUCAGCUUUCCAUCUAUCUUUAUCUACGGACACACUGCCAGCGGGAAGACCUAUGUGACACAAACUCUGUUGAAGGCAUUGGAGCUCCCACAUGCCUUUGUGAACUGUGUUGAAUGCUUUACUUUGAAGCUACUUUUGGAACAAAUUCUAAACAAGUUGAGUCAUCUCAAUUCUUCAAAGGCAGAAUGUCCUACAGAAAUAACCUGUGAAACAUUUAAUGACUUUGUUCGAUUGUUUAAGCAAGUGACCAGUACUGAAAAUCUCAAGGAUCAGACUGUAUAUAUUGUUCUGGAUAAAGCUGAAUAUCUAAGAGACAUGGAAGCAAAUCUUUUGCCUGGGUUUCUUAGGUUACAAGAAUUGACUGACAGAAAUGUGACUGUUAUCUUUCUCAGUGAGAUUAUUUGGGAAAAGUUUCGUCCAAACACCGGAUGCUUUGAACCAUUUGUCUUGUAUUUCCCUGAUUAUAGCAUAGGGAACCUUCAAAAGAUCCUGUCCCACGACCAUCCUCCAGAGUACUCGGCUGACUUUUAUGCUGCCUAUAUUAAUAUUCUCCUUGGAGUUUUCUACACUGUGUGUCGAGAUCUGAAAGAGCUCAGACAUCUGGCAGUGCUUAAUUUUCCCAAAUACUGUGAACCUGUAGUUAAAGGAGAAGCAGGUGAACGUGAUACUCGCAAACUAUGGAGAAAUAUUGAGCCUCACCUGAAGAAGGCAAUGCAAACUGUUUAUCUCAGGGAGAUAUCAAGUUCCCAGUGGGAAAAGUUACAGGAAGAGGACACAGACCCAGGACAGCUAAAAGGUCUCUCGGCGUACACCCACGUGGAGCUUCCCUAUUAUUCUAAGUUUAUUCUCAUUGCUGCAUACCUUGCCUCCUAUAACCCGGCGAGAACUGACAGGAGGUUCUUCCUUAAGCAUCAUGGGAAAAUCAAGAAAACCAACUUUCUAAAGAAACAUGAGAAGACAAGCAAUCACCUCCUUGGACCCAAGCCAUUUCCCCUGGACAGAUUGUUAGCAAUACUGUAUAGCAUCGUGGACAGCAGAGUGGCUCCCACUGCAAAUAUCUUCUCCCAGAUUACUUCCCUGGUGACUCUGCAGCUGUUGACCCUGGUUGGUCAUGACGAUCAACUUGAUGGACCAAAAUACAAAUGCACAGUUUCUCUAGAUUUCAUCAGAGCCAUUGCGCGGACCGUGAACUUUGACAUAAUAAAAUACUUGUAUGAUUUCUUGUGAAAACAAACCUCAAAGCCAUAUGGACACUGUGACAAUGACUAAGCCAAGCUGUGUUCAUCCAACUACUUUGCUGGCCAGGGGAAGGAGUUCUUUGGCUCUAUUGGAUUUGUCCAAACAGGUGCUGGCCCAGCAUGGACUCUGAUGGAAAUACUCUGAUUGGUCUGGGGAGAUGUGAGCAGAAGACUCUUUACCAGGGGCCCAGGAGUAUUUGGAAGCAACGUGUUAAUUAUAAACAGCAGGGUCUGAGCACAAUCUGUUCUGCUCUUAAUGAUGUUAUCUUAACACUGAAAUUGCCUGAAGCCCAUUUACUUAGGUCUGUGUUUUGCUCUGUGAAGUAUCCCCUGUGCUCUGAAUGUGCCAGCAGUCCUUGUUUGUAUGGCCACCUUUUCACUUCCUCUCCACGGGAGCCUCUGCAGUCUCCUGCCAACGCAGAUUUCCUAAGGCCACGAUUUUCAAAGAUCAUACUUGCAAAAUAUAUGUUAUUUUUUAAAAAUCUAAGCUCUCUAUGCAUAUCUUUUUACCCUGAUUUUCUCAAACACAAGGCAGCUUGUUCAGAUAUACACACACCAGCUUUAUGUCUAAGUCUGCUUGCUGCUAACCUGACAGUGCUUGUGUAAGAAAAGCUUAUCUGCUCACUCUCAGCUAACCACCCGAACUGGCUUUAUUGUUUUCCUUCCCUCCUUCCUUUUCUCCCUCCCUCCCUCCCUCCCUCCCUCCCUCCCUCCCUCCCUCCCUCCCUCCCUCCUUCCUUUCUUUCCUUUCCCUUUUCUUUAAGUUGUUGGCUUUUGAGACCUCCACAAUAAAAUCUUUCCUCUUACAUGA